CUUUAAAGUUCUUUGGCGUGUUUCGUACAUUUUGAAGUUUAAAAUUAUAUUUAAUUUCCUAUAAAAAUAAAUGGUAACAUUUUUAGAAGCUGUGUUUUGUUGCGAAAGAGAAAGUAAAUUUCGUAUACAAACAAAAUAAACAAUAAUGAGUAAUAUCAAUGGUUAACUUCUGGUAUUAUUAUUCAUAAUUGCAUCUCUGUUCCUUGAAACGCCGCGACAACUAAGUAUAAAAGUUCCUUAGUACUUAAUCCAUGACCCCAUAAAUUUGAAAACCACCAAAGCCCUAAACAAACAAAAAUGGCAAUCUCACGAAACUUCUUCACAAUAGGAGGAGUGUUCGUCACAUUUUUACAAUUAUCAUUGACUGCAUCAACAACCCAAACGCCUCCACUUAAAGAAGCUCCCUGUGCCUACAAUGAAACAGUCUCUUUGGAGUACUCUGAAAGACUUGAAAAUGGAUCAUAUCUUUAUGAUAACAUCAUAGUUCCAGCUGAAAAGACCGGAUUCUAUGAUUACGAAAUAGCCAUUGGAAACACAAAGACACCUGCAGACGUACACGUUCGAGGAUGCGUUUGUGAACUUCGAACAUGCAUAUCCGUUUGUUGUCCACCAGAUUAUGAAUUCCACAAUGGCACCUGUAUAGAAUCUCCAUUUGAAAUUGAUCCAUUGAUUGACAUCACUAACAAGGAAGGAAAAACUAUCAAAGUCAAUAUAUCACGCCAAUUCGCAAUCCAAUAUACCAGGCCUUGUGAGGGACUCUUCUAUUUCCAACCGGAAAUCUAUGAUUAUGACAAAUAUUCGAUAAUGGAGAAUGCUUCGAUUUUUAAACCUGUGGAAAAUUACCUUUACGGAAAAGAAACAUAUUGUUUGAGCCCAAGGAUUCUGGAUGGUGAAUUCGUUUAUACUCCUCUGCAGUGCUAUAUGCCUAAUCCAGUAGACCCUGAUGUUGUCAAAUUGAAUGGUGUUGCACUGCUGAUUUCGGUACCAUUCAUGAUAUUGACAAUCAUUGUGUACCUCUACCUCCCAAAUCUGAGAACCAUCCAUGGUUUGUCCCUCUGUUGCUAUUUGGUUGGACUUUCAAUUGGAUAUUUGACACUGGCAUAUUUGAUUUUUGAACCCAAUAUUUCACAAUUGAAUUGCUCAAUUUUGGGUUACACAGCAUAUUUUGGAUUUAUGUCGGCAUUCUUUUGGCUUAGCGUGAUAAGCUAUGAAUUGUAUACCAAUUUUCAUGGAUCUAAAACAAAUAAAAGUAUGAAACAAUUCCGUUUAUAUUGUCUCUACGCCUGGGGGUUGUCGCUGAUUUGUCUUAUAUCGACAUACGUUGCUGAAAAUUCAUCCAUACCGAAAGCCUGGAAGUCAGGAAUUGGCGGGGCAGAUUAUUGCUUUUUAAAUUCAACCCACGGAUGGAGUGCAUUUAUUUACUUUUAUGGACCGAUAUUGUUAAUUCUUAGUUUCAAUACCGUUAUGUUUGUUUUGACAUUUAUUCAAAUAAGAAAGGAUAUACGAUCUUACAGUGGAACACAUAAAUCUCAUUAUGAACAUAAGGACAUAUGCAUGACUUUUGUGAGAUUGUUCAUUUUAAUGGGAAUAACUUGGUUAUCGGAAAUAGUAGGCUAUGCUAUGCCAUUAGGUAAUUCUUGGUUGCAUUUUAUCUUCAGGAUCACAGAUUUAUUAAAUGGAAUGCAAGGAGUUAUAAUCUUUGUACUUUUUGUUUGGAGGAAGUCAGUUAAAGAUCAAAUCUUCAAUAAAUUUGGAAAACGUGAUGAAAUACCAUGUGACAUAUCUCAGGAAAUGACUCAAUGCCUCUAAUAAAAUUAGAUAGAUUGAUUUUCGUUGCGCUAUCUCGAAAGUUCUAAGUUUAAAAAAUCUCUGAAGAUAUUUUAGUUAGUUUCAGGUAAUAAAUAAUCUUUGCUUGGUAUUAACAAAAAAAAA